CCUCCAAAAGCACAUUCUCCCUGUGCGCUCCAGCCUUGUUCCCCCUCCCCUCCUCCUCCCCCCUCUUUUGUGGCUAUUGUGCCUUCCUAAUUACCCAUCGUUCGGAGGGUUCUACAUAUUGUCAGUAUGCUGGGCCGUACUGUUUUGCGCAGCGUGCCCUUCCGGGGUGUCGCACGUCAGACCUUGAGCAAGACCUCCACGCGUGCGUCUUCCUCCGCCGCCGGUCCCGAGUCCGCCAGCUCCCCCUUCAACCUCACACUCACUGCCUCGGCCGCCACCGCCGUCGCCAUCGGAUCGGCCGCCUAUCUCUAUGGCCAAGAGGCUCACGCCAUGACGCCUGCUGAGGAGGGAUUGCACGCUACCGCAUACCCUUGGGAGCACGCCAAGUGGAACAAGACAUUCGACCACGCCGCUCUCCGCCGUGGUUUCCAGGUCUACCGUGAAGUCUGCGCCAGCUGCCACUCCCUCACCCGUGUGCCUUGGCGCUCUUUCGUUGGUGUCCUUCACACCGUCGAUGAGAUGAAGGCCAUGGCCGAAGAGUACGAGUACGACACCGAGCCCAACGACCAGGGUGAGAUCGAGAAGCGUCCCGGAAAGCUGUCCGACUACAUCCCCGCCCCCUACCCCAACGAGGAGGCUGCCCGUGCUGCCAACGGUGGUGCUCUGCCCCCGGAUCUCAGCUUGAUCGUUAAGGGCCGUCACGGUGGCUGCAACUACAUCUUCAGCUUGUUGACCGGUUACCCCGACGAGCCCCCAGCUGGUGUUGUCCUCGGUGAGGGCAUGAACUUCAACCCCUACUUCCCCGGUACCGGUAUUGCCAUGGCUCGUGUUCUCUUCGACGGUGUCGUUGAGUACGAGGACGGCACUCCCGCCACCACCUCCCAGAUGGCCAAGGACGUCGUCGAGUUCCUCAACUGGGCCGCCGAGCCCGAGAUGGACGACCGCAAGAAGAUGGGUGUCAAGGCCAUCACUCUUCUGACCGGUCUCUUCGCCCUGAGCGUCUGGGUCAAGCGUUACAAGUGGUCCCCGAUCAAGACGAGAAAGAUUGUGUACAGCCCCCCCGUUUCUCGUCGCUAAGCAAGUCGGUUGCAGCGACCCCCGGUGGAUAAAAGGGAAGCUAGGAAGCAAUUAAAGAACAUCAAGACGACUCUGGGCGAAAGUCACUGAUAUAAACGAUGUAUACAAAUUGGGUCGUCCUCUCUGUUUUUCUUUUCUUGUCUGCAAACCCCUGUUCACUACUCAUUCGGUGGUCUCUGCUAUGUUUCGUUAGAAGUUUUUUACCUCUCCACAGGACACCUGUAUCUGUACCCUAGAUAUUUAUUCUCCUUUGAAAAUGUUGUUUGAAGGUUCAUCCCCCCCAAUGUCACAGUUUUCUUUUGUUUAGUGUGUUUGAUUUGCGCAGAUCUGUCAUGGACAUUCGUGUGUGUGUGUUUGCGCAAAUAGGCCUGCUUCCCCACGCACACCUAUUUUACUUGUAGAAGUGGGAAGGGGAAUGUUGCAUGUUUCCUAGAAGUAUGUAUGUAUCUAUUGCGAA